AUGACAACCCCCAACCCAUUCCUCCUCGCAGCCGACAACAACCCCACGUUGCUGCCCCUCCUCAGGGAGAAACCAGCACUGGCGUCAUCGCAAGAUGAACACGGCUAUUCUCUCGUCCAUGCCGCUGCCAGCUACAACCAUCUCGAUCUUCUACGGUCCCUUAUUCGAGAAUUCAACGUGGAUGUGGACUUGAAAGACGAAGACAACGAGACGGCCUUGUUUGUUGUCGAAACCAAGGACGCUGCUCAAGUUCUGGUCGAAGAGCUGGGCGCAAACAUUAGUCACCGAGGACUAGAAGGUUUCACAGCUAGAGAAAAGAUCGAAGCAGAAGGGGAUUUCCCUGCGGUUGCAGAGUAUCUAUUAACGGUUGAAGUAAAGCAGGCCGAUGACCCUGCUGCGACUGCAGCAGCUGUUAUGCCUGAAGUUAUUCCCCCACCUCCGGAGGGUAUGAAAGUCACAGUCGGUACCAUGGACGAGGCCACAGAUAUUCCUGGGGAGAUCGAUCCGGAGUUCCGAAGAAGAAUUGAGGAAUUGGCCCAACGCGAAGAUUUCGACACGCCCCAGGGCCAGGCUGAGCUACGGAAAUUGAUUGAAGACGCUGUUCUGGGCGAGGGUGGCGUCGGCGAAGAGCGCAACGUACGAUCGAAGCAAGACUAG